UUUAUCUCUUUUUCUUUCUGGAACUUCCGAUCUGUUGUCUCUCUGAUUUUCUCUUUCUUAUCACUCCGUAUAUGCGAGAACCUUCUAGAACUUAUAAAGACAAGAACUCUCACAAUCUCUCUCUCACAUGUUUGAGAUUCGUCACGGACUCUAUCUGGAUUGUAUCAAUCUCUUUGUUGCGCAUUGGGAGGUCUGAUCCGAGGGAAAAAAGUUGAGGUUUUUUGAGGAUCUAAACUCAUGCCGGGGGAACAAACCGGAGAAACUCCGACGGUGGCCGGAGUUGGCGGCGGUGGUGGUGGUUGUAGCGCCGGAAACAGUGGCGGAAGCAGUGGAGGAGGAGGAGAUUCGCAGAGGUCUAUUCCGACGCCGUUUUUAACGAAAACGUAUCAGCUUGUUGACGAUCCGGUUUACGACGAUUUGAUUUCGUGGAACGACGACGGAUCAACAUUCAUCGUGUGGAGACCAGCUGAGUUCGCCAGAGAUCUUCUUCCUAAGUACUUCAAACACAACAACUUCUCCAGUUUUGUCCGCCAGCUCAACACUUACGGGUUUCGAAAAGUAGUUCCGGAUCGUUGGGAGUUCUCUAACGAUUGUUUCCGGAGAGGCGAGAAGAUUCUCCUACGGGAUAUCCAACGCCGCAAAAUCUCUCAGCCUGCUAUGGCCGCCGCCGCUGCAGCUGCGGCGGCAGUAGCGUCUUCAGGUGUUACGGUUGCUGCUGCUGUUCCGGUCGUAGCUCCCGCUGUCUCUCCGUCCAACUCUGGAGAAGAGCAGGUGAUUUCGUCUAACUCAUCACCUGCUGCUGCAGCCGCUGCUUCAGGAGGAGGAGGAGGAGGACAGGUUGGUGUUGUUCUUCAGAGGAUGACGAGCUGCACCACUGCGCCGGAGCUGGUUGAGGAGAACGAGAGGUUGAGGAAAGAGAAUGUUCAGUUGAGUCAAGAGCUGACAAAGCUUAAAGGGUUGUAUUCGAAUAUCUACACGCUCAUGUCCAACUUCACGUCUGGUCAAGCUGAGGGGAAAGCGUUGGAUCUAAUGCCGGAGAGACAAGAGGUGAGUGAAGACAUCGUAACGGCUUCUGGAUCAGAAACAGGGAUUGGUCUGAAGCUAGAUGAGGAUCUGACACCGAGGUUGUUUGGAGUUUCGAUUGGGGCGAAGAAGCGAGCUAGGAGAGACGAGUUGGUUACUGCAGAGGAAGAAGAGGAUGAUGAGAGACGAGAAGGGAGUAACCAAGAGGGAGGAGGAGAGCAAGGCUCUGAUGUUAAGUCACAGCCUAUGGAGGAGGAUAAUAACUCUGAUGACCAAAAUGGGCCAUGGCUUGAACUCGGAAACUGAAAAAGUUUUACCCGGAAAAAGUCACUGGUUUCCAUUGAAUAGACAAGCUUUUGAGCUAACACGAACAGGUAAUUGAAGCAGUGUUUGGUUAUCAAAACAGAGACUCUGAAUGUUUCACAGUUUAGGAGAACGAAAGAUUCAUUUGUUUGGGGUU